AUGAUUAUUGAUGCCCCAGGUCAUCGUGACUUCAUCGAGAACAUAAUUACCGGUACUAUUCAAGCUGAUUGUGCUAUUCUGAUUGUUGCUGCUGGUGUCGGUGAAUUCGAAGCUGGUAUCUCAAAGAACGGUAAAGCCAGAGAACACGCCCUGUUAGCUUACACUUUGGGUGUAAAACAGUUGGUCGUGGCAGUCAACAAGAUGGAUUCAACAGAAGCACCAUAUUCUGAAGCUCGUUACCAAAAAAUCAAGAAGGAUAUGUCCGACUACAUUAAGAGAACUGGGUGA